AUGUUUUCAUUAAUGGAUUUAGUUUUCUAUUUUUUUGCAGUUCUAGUUAUUUUUUACUGUAUAUUUUCAACCAAUAAUAAUUUUAAUGAUCAAAUGAACCAACAAACUCAACAACAAACCCAACAACAAACCCAACAACAAACCCAACAACAAACUCAACAAACCCAACAACAAACUCAACAAACCCAACAACAAACCCAACAAACCCAACAACAAACCCAACAACAAACCCAACAACAACACCCACAACACACCCCAACAACCCAUUACAGUUUAGUUGAAAAUAUAGAUCAGAUAAUUCAACAACAACAACAACAACAACAAAAACAAAAACAACAUCAACAUCAUCAACAACAACCACAAAUCACUCCAACGACCUAUUCUAAUUUUGAUGAGGGAAUAGAUAAACAAAACCAACAACAACAACAACAACAACAACAUCAGCACCAAUAUCAACAUCAUCAUCAGGAUCAUCAGCAUCAACAUAAUCAUAAAAAAAGAGCAUAUGCCAUGGACACAAAACAAGAUAUUGAAAGAAGAGUAAAACAAAAGGUCCAUGAGGCUUGGAAUAUGAUUGAUGAAAUAGAAACAAAAAGAUUUAGAACAGAUUAUAAUGGUCCAACUCUUUUAUUGACAAAUUUCAGCGAAAGUGAACAAAUGAUAAAAAAUAAAAGAGAAAAAGAUGAAAAGAGACGAAGAGAAAAGGAAAGAAAAAGACAAAAACAAAUUGAAAAGAGAAGAAAAGAAAAAGAAAGGAAAAGACAAAAAGAAAUGGAAAAAGAAAAUAGAAAAAAGAGAAAAGAAAGGGAUAAAGAAGGAGAUGGAAGAGAUAAAAAAAAGAAAAUUAAAUUUUCGCAAAAUAAAGAUCAAUGA